CACAAUUCAUAGCGGUUCAUCGCAUUUGGUGGGUUUGCGAAGUGUCAAAUUCAAGCAUGGCACUCCACCGUUUAUUCCAGCUGUCAUCCCUCCUUCGCUCUGCUGUGACAGUGACAUUGCGCAGGAAUAUUGGUAUUUCUGCUGUCCUCUUCACCCGGGCCAAGGACCUUGAUCCUGUCCAGAAACUGUUCCUGGACAAGAUCCGCGACUACAACACCAAGAGCAAGGCUGCCGGUGGGAUUGUGGAUGCAGGCCCUUCCUACCAGAAGAACUUGUCUGAAGAGAUGACUAAACUUCAGAGACUAUAUGGUGGAGGGGACCUCGCCAAGUUCCCUGACUUUAAAUUCCCAGAACCCAAGCUUGAUGAAGUGGCCAAGUGAAUGCUAUCCACGUUGUGUACGUCUCCUACAUGUCACCAAUACGUUGUAUUUAAUAAAAUGAUCCUGGAUUGAU